CGUCACUCAGACACAGUCCGCCAUUUUAUCGCGUGUGGUUUGUGUUCACCGUUGUUGUUCAGCUCUUUUUUUUUCUUUCCGCGCAAAGUGAUCAUUGUAGAAAUAGUACGUUUAUCGCAGCGAUCAGGUCUUCAGAUUAGAAAAUGCAGGCGGAACACGAGCAGACCGACUUCAGCACGGAUGAGUUUCCAGAGGGAUCGAAAAUAAACGCGAGCAAAAAUCUGCAGGAUGACGGGAAAAUGUUUAUCGGUGGUCUGAGCUGGGACACCAGCAAACAAGACCUUAAAGAUUAUCUGUCCAAGUUUGGAGAGGUGUUGGAUUGUACCAUCAAAACAGACCCCAUGACUGGCCGAUCCAGAGGUUUUGGGUUCGUCCUCUUCAAAGAUGCAGAGAGUGUCGACAGAGUCCUGGAGUUGAAGGAGCACAAGCUGGAUGGUAAACUGAUCGAUCCAAAGCGAGCCAAAGCCAUGAAGGGGAAGGAACCCCCUAAAAAAGUCUUUGUUGGAGGUCUUCGUCCAGAAACGUCAGAAGAACAAAUACGGGAAUAUUUCGGCUCUUUUGGAGAUAUUGAAAACAUCGAACUCCCCGUGGACAGCAACACGAACGAGAGGCGAGGGUUUUGCUUCGUAACGUACGUCGACGAAGAGCCCGUGAAGAAGCUGUUGGAAAAUAGAUACCACAACGUCGGAGCAGGAAAGUGCGAAAUUAAAGUUGCCCAGCCUAAAGAGGUCUACAGACAGCAGCAGAACAGAAGCGACCGGGGAGGAAGAGGAGGAUUCAGGGGUCGUGGAAGAGGAGGACCAAGUCAGGGCUACAACCAAGGCUAUGGAGGCUACUAUGGACAGAACUACGGAAGCUACGGCAACGGUUACAACCAGGGCUAUAAUGAUUACACCGGGUAUGACUAUACAGGCUACAACUACCAAAAUUAUGGCUACGGACAAGGCUAUGAUGAGUACAAUGGUCAACAGAGCAACUACGGCAAAGUCUCCCGGGAAGGUGGAAAUCACCAGAAUAACUACCAGCCAUAUUGAUGAAAUUGCUUGACCUACCAAAACUGAUGUGGGGACUUCAUUGCAGGCCGUGUGUCACCUGACCACGAAAUUCUCUGGGCGUCGCACAUAGCGGGCAGAGAGCACGGCAUGCACGAGAAAACGCUGUUCUGUGGUAUGGUCUCUUCAAAUUUCCUGUACCAGCGUUAAAGUGCAAACGUUAAGCAGGAGAUCUCUGGUUAUUUUAAUCUUUAUUUUUUUUUUCCACCCCUUAAAUUACCAAGGUUUUGUUUUUUAACAGUUUUUUAAAAUAAAUUGAUUUUUUACAGGUAUUUAACAGUGAACCCUUGCUGUUUUGUAUUCUCCUUUUUAUUAGUGUUCUUUGUAUUUCAGUUCUGGAGCGUCAAUGUUGCUUUUAAUUUUUUUCCCCUUUCUUUGUCUAAAAAUGAUUCCAACACCCAAAUAAAAAGAAAAAGAAAAAGACAAUAAUAAUUGCCUAAAACUCAUAAUGCUUGCUUUUUCUUUAGAGUCCAUAGAGAACUUCAAAUGGUACACUUCAGUCCUUUUCCUUAAGACAUAGAUGAUAAAGAUCAUAUGUAAACCCUAUAUAGCCAUGAAAAGCUACUACAAAGGUUGAAGGUUCUCGCAUAACGUUUGGAAAUUACCUUAAAUUGUAUAUCAAGAUUAUGCUCCCUUUUUUUUGGUGUUAUUAUGCUCCAGGUCAGUGGAGCUCAAAGUUCUGCUGACAAUAGAAGUGCUUUCAGUGCCAUUAAGUUGUACAUAUGAUCUUUAGUCUUGAACGAUGAUCUUUUUAAUAGCUUAAAGUCAACAGCUCACGAAGUUAAACUGAAACAUGGAGGUGGUUCUUUUUUUUUUCUUUUUUCUCCAGUACAAUUCAUAACUUCGUUAACAACCGUACAUGUCUCGUCUCGUCUCUCUUUU